GGGGACAGAGAAACGGAAAAGCCGAUAGGCCAAACCCUAGUAUUGUGGGGAGAUCAAAAAACGGAGACGAAAGACAAAGGGAAACCCUAUGUAUCCAGAGAGAGACACGAAAGAAACAGGGAAACGCUAUAAAUCUAUAGAGCCAAAGAAGAGAUACUUCUGCACCAUCUUUGAUAGCCAUGGCAGCUCUGAUAAAUCGCUCUCUCUCUCCUUUCCCUUCAUCCUCAGAACUGGUAAACCCUCUUCCUCUAACCAAACCAAGGGCCUGCUCUAUCAUAGCCAUGGCCAAUCCAAGGGACCAGAGCCUCCCAAAUCAGAAAUCGUCGACCGAGAUCAUGCGAAGCACCAUGAUUAAUUCAGAUUCGAAGCAGCCAUGGUGGACCCCUCUGUUCAAGAUGAACUGGAAUCCUUCGCCGGGAAACAGCCGGAAGACUGAAAUUCAGGCACCUGAUUUGCCGGAGAACAGGCCAAAGGGUCAAUUGAGGCGAUCGGUUCUUACAGCUGAGAAGGCCAAGCUUUUGCGCAAAGAAAUUAGGGCUACAGAGACAUGGCAUGAUCUCAUGUACCAUUCUGCCAUUGCUUCUCGCUUGGCUUCACCUGAUCAGUGACGGGUUAGAGAAGGGAAAUCGAUUUUCGUUUUAUUUUUAUGUGAGCCUUUUUUUUUUCUUUUUUGUUAAUAGUUGAUAGAUCAUAUAUGGAUAAGAAACUUUUUAUUUUUUUGGUUUUUCAGUAUCUUUAACUGUGAAUUUGGCGGGCUUUAUCAAUUCUGUAACCUGCCAUCUUUCUUUCCAUCUUCUUUUGCGGAGUUAAGUGAUCUUUGUAAGUAGUUGUGGAUUUAAGUGAUCUGUAUAAUUUAUAUCAUAUCAAAGUAAAUGGAUGGAUCCAAUAUGGAUAAAGAAGUAUAUGGAAUUUUAAGCUU